GGCGCUUGCACAUUGUUGCUCGUACGGCAUAAAAACGCACGCAAAAGUGGAAGUAGUGAGAGUACGCGACUACGCGUUGAUGAGCGCUAGUGGAACGCGGAAUCACGAAACACGAAUCAGUUUUGAGCGCCGUGUGCGACGAGCGAGAGCGCGUGUGUAUCCUGCCGCCGUGAGUUCGCGGAAAAUACUUGAGCCUGUUAUCAUUAUUCGUACACCACAUGCGUAGAGUGCAAGUGCGACAUGCGAACCGUAUUAAACGUGCGAAUGAUAUAAAGGUGUAACUCAGGUGUAAACUGUAACAGAAAAAAACAUAAUCGACAAGGUGUGGAAUUAAAACAACGACGAUGAUUAUGUAUCGCUGUAAUGUGUUGGGGACUUGACGGAUUCCAGCGAGAUGUAAAAAAUAAUGCGCUUUAGUCAAUGGCUGGGCGUUCCUCGUCGACUGGCACUAGUCGCCUGUUCUUGCCAGUGGGUCGCCGAAGAGAUCGAAGGGCGAGAAGUCAGCAGCGCUAACUGCAACGCAAUUAAUCAAAAACCAAAAAAGAAUCGCGUCCAAACAAAACAAAACCAAUUUUAAACUAACGAAAUCUACCAUCCACACAAACACAUUUUACACAAAUUGUAAUACGAAAUUUACAACUACCUCAAAGCAAUUUCGAAAUCUAUAUCAGGAAAUAAUUGAUUUCCAUCAACGAAGCGAGGAAAACAUAAACAUAAACAACGAGUGGCCUUAAAUACGAGUACAUACCAUAUUUGAUUUAAUUCAAAGUGUCCUUACGAAAACAAACCUGCAACACACUGGGACCCCAACUAAAACACAUUCCCAUCUUAUAUCAAAAGUUGCCGAUUUGACGAACAACUCCACAUCAGGGAUCACGCAGACACCUUGCCAUUUAUUUAUUGAACUAUUUAAUACAAGCGUAGGAUUUAAAGAGAGCUUAAUUUUUUAAAUGCAAACACGAGCACAUUUAUAUACAUAUCGACGAGUGAUACAAGAUACGAGCAUAUUUGUUACUACUUAACAUUACAAUUCAAUUACGACUUACGAAAAACUAAUUGACUAGGAGACAAACUACGGUUAAUUGAAAACCGGCGACUGAUUACAUUUCAUCGGAGUGCGACGCCAUCUUGGAAUCAUGGACAGGGCGUCUUUUAUGAGCCGACGGAGAACGCUAAUUCACGAUAAUCAAAGACGGAUUAAAGCCAACGAUCGCUCGUACAAUGCCCAAUUUCGCUACGCCAAUAACUACAUCAAGACAUCCAAGUACACGGUGCUGACAUUCCUUCCGCUGAAUCUUUUCGAGCAGUUUCAGCGGCUGGCCAACUUCUACUUCUUGUGCCUUUUAGUCUUACAGCUAAUUCCGGCGAUCAGCAGUCUCACGCCGAUUACGACUGCUUUGCCGUUGAUCGGCGUGUUGGGCCUCACUGCAAUCAAGGAUGCCUACGAUGAUUUUCAACGUCACAUGUCCGAUUCACAAGUCAACAAUCGCAAAUCACAACUAGUGAAGAACGGCCAGUUGGUGAAGGAGCGAUGGUCGUCGGUGCAAGUGGGCGACAUUAUUCGCAUGGACAACAAUCAGUUUGUGGCCGCUGACAUUCUGCUGCUGUCGUCGAGCGAGCCGAACGGCCUCUGCUACAUCGAGACGGCUGAACUGGACGGCGAGACGAAUUUAAAGUGCAGACAAUGCACGACCGAAACAGCCGAGAUGGGUCAGAAUGACGCGCUGAUCAGUGCGUUCGACGGUGAUAUUAUUUGCGAGACGCCCAACAAUCUUCUCAACAAGUUCGAGGGCACGCUCACGUGGAAGAAUCGGCAGUACAGUCUGGAUAACGACAAGAUUAUUCUACGCGGUUGCGUGCUGCGCAAUACACAAUGGUGCUACGGGGUGGUGAUCUUUGCUGGCAAAGACACGAAGCUCAUGCAAAACAGCGGCAAGACCAAAUUCAAACGUACUAGUAUAGAUAGGCUACUUAAUUUUUUAAUCAUAGGGAUUGUAUUUUUUUUAUUGUCAAUGUGCCUUUUCUGCAUGGUGGCGUGCGGUAUCUGGGAGUCGCUCGUCGGGCGCUACUUUCAGGCGUACCUGCCGUGGGAUUCACUGGUGCCGUCCGAGCCGCUCGGCGGUGCCACCAUUAUCGCACUGCUGGUCUUCUUCUCGUAUGCGAUCGUCCUCAAUACGGUGGUGCCGAUCUCGCUCUAUGUAUCGGUCGAAGUGAUACGCUUCGUGCAGAGUUUCCUUAUAAACUGGGACGAGCAAAUGUACCAUGAUAAAACCAACACGCACGCGAAGGCGCGCACCACCACCCUCAACGAGGAGCUGGGUCAAAUCGAAUACAUUUUUUCUGAUAAGACGGGAACGCUUACGCAGAACAUCAUGACGUUCAACAAGUGUUCAAUCGCUGGUCUCACUUAUGGCGAUGUGAUCGACAAGAAUACCGGUGAGGUUGUCGAAAUCACGGAUGAUUUGCCAUCGCUUGACUUUAGCUUUAAUUCGUAUUACGAACCUGAAUUUCGGUGGUACGAUCGAGCGCUGCUGGAUGCUGUUAAGAAGGAAGACGCUGAUGCGUGUAACUUUUUUCGGUUGCUUGCGCUGUGUCACACUGUGAUGUCGGAUAAUAGCAGUGGGAAACUGGAGUAUCAAGCGCAGUCGCCCGAUGAGUCGGCACUGGUAUCAGCCGCGCGGAAUUUUGGGUUUGUGUUUAAGGAGCGAUCGCCAAAUAGCAUCACGAUUGAAGUGAUGGGAAAGAAGGAAGUGUACGAACUGCUGUGUAUUUUGGAUUUUAAUAACGUCAGAAAGCGAAUGUCGGUGAUAUUGAGGCGGGAAGGACAUUUGCGGCUGUAUUGCAAGGGCGCUGAUAAUGUCAUUUAUGAAAGGCUGAAGAAUAACUGUGAGGAAACCAAAGGCAGAACACAGGAACAUUUAAAUAAAUUCGCUGGUGAAGGAUUGAGAACUUUGUGUUUGGCAUGUCGAGAUUUGGAUGAAGAUUUUUUCAACGACUGGAAACAACGGCAUCAGGAGGCUGCGUUGAGUAUGCAAGAUCGCGACGAGAAGUUGGAUGCAAUCUAUGAGGAAAUCGAAACAGAAAUGGUACUGUUGGGUGUUACUGCCAUUGAGGACAAACUGCAGGACGGUGUUCCUCAAGCUAUAGCUAAUCUUAUGCUGGCUGGGAUUAAAAUUUGGGUACUUACAGGCGAUAAACAAGAAACUGCAAUAAAUAUAGGAUACUCUUGCCAAUUGCUAACCGACGAUAUGUUAGACGUUUUCAUUGUCGAUGCGUCAACGUUCGAUGAAGUGGACCAACAACUACGCAAAUUCAAAGAAAGCAUACGAAUAGUAAACGCGUACCAUCCAAUGAGUCCGGCUAGCAACAAUGCAGCUAACGGCGUAUCCGAUGACCACAGCCGGCCGAAUUCAAUGGGUACAUCUACACCACCACAGCCACAAGCGCCCGCUGUCAGUGUGGUCACCUUCAGUACUGAAUUGGACUACCGUGAAGGAUCCCCAGAUCUCAAGACUGAUGACGAUGGCACCAACGGGACAUUUGCAAUCGUCAUCAAUGGACAUUCACUCGUGCACUGUCUACACCCCAAAAUGGAGCAGUUGUUCCUCGAGGUAGUGGUACGCUGUCGCAGCGUCAUUUGCUGCAGGGUGACGCCAUUACAGAAAGCGCUAGUCGUGGAACUGAUUAAAAAGAAUAAGCAUGCUGUGACAUUGGCGAUCGGGGACGGUGCGAACGAUGUGUCGAUGAUUAAAGCGGCGCACAUUGGUGUUGGGAUUUCCGGUCAGGAGGGGAUGCAGGCCGUCCUCGCGUCGGAUUACUCCAUCGCGCAGUUUCGUUUCCUCGAGCGACUGCUCCUGGUGCACGGCCGGUGGUCGUAUUACCGAAUGUGCAGUUUUCUGCGGUAUUUCUUCAACAAGAACUUUGCGUUUACGCUGUGUCACUUCUGGUACGCUUUCUUCUGCGGUUUUAGUGCACAGACAGUGUUCGAUCCGAUGUACAUCUCAGUUUACAAUUUAUUCUACACCUCGCAGCCAGUGCUCGCCGUUGGCAUCUUUGAUCAAGAUGUCAAUGAUAAAAAUUCAAUAUUGUAUCCACAGCUGUAUCGACCAGGGCAUAUUAAUUUAUUCUUCAACAAGAAGGAGUUUUUUCGUAGCGCUCUGCAAGGCUGCUAUGUUUCUAUAGUAUUAUUUUUCAUUCCUUUUGGUACGUACUUUGAUGCUAUGAGUCCGAUUGGACAGAGCCUCUCAGACUACAUGCUCCUCUGCAGCGUUGUAGCUACAAUUUUGGUGAUUGUAAACACGGCGCAGAUUGCGCUCGACACACAAUACUGGACAGUGGUCAAUCACGUGUUGAUUUGGGGCUCUCUGGCCGUGUACUUCAUCAUGGACUACUUCUACAACUACUUGCUUGGGGGCAUCUACGUGGGGGCUCUUACAAUGGCGAUGUCGGAACUAACAUUCUGGUUCACCACUGUCCUGGUGGUGAUUAUCUGUAUUAUGCCCGUGCUUGCGUGGCGCUUUUACUUCGUGGACGUGUUUCCGACAUUGUCGGACCGCGUGCGCCUCAAGCAGCGUUUGCAGACGAUGCGGACUCGCCAGAGCCAGGAUGUGUUGCGCACUCCAUCGGCGCGGCGCGCACGGCGUUCGAUUCGUUCCGGGUAUGCAUUUGCUCACCAGGAGGGUUUUGGCCGGCUGAUCACCUCCGGCAAGAUUAUGCGCAAAUUGCCCAAUACGGACUUUAGCAUCGCCGGUUUGGGUAAGAUCAUUCAUUCGAGCGGUAGCAAUCAGGUGAAGACCAGUGCCGUGGCACCGGUGUCGGCGCAGUCGCACGAAAGCAACAGCAGCGGGCGUGCGCCCAUACAGGAUUUGGACACGAUCAACUUAUAAUCGGCAGAGAGGCUAUUUGACUUAACUUAAGACGUAAGUUAAGCUAGGGAACGUCCAUACGUCCGCAUACCACCCACAUACACAUACGAGUAUUACUUACUAAGCAACAAAACAACUUGUGAUGAUGAUUUUCACUAAUAGUAUAAUCAUGAUAUUGUUUUUAAGAGGAAGGCGGCAAAGAGCAAGAGUAUAUUGUAUUUUAUGUAGAUAGGUAUUACUUGUACAGUAUCAAAUUGUUUUAUGUUGUUAGGACUUACCAUUUAACUGUUGUCGAGAGACGCGCGAGUCGUUCGGAUAUUUGAUAGUUUUAAUAAAAAUUGAAGUUGCGUGGUUGGACGUCGAGUCAAAACUUCAUGUGCGCAUGCGCGCGCACCCCUAUACGUGUGUGUGAACAAAAAAGUUGUUGAUCUGAUCGACUUGCGGCGACCUGUUAAGCUUGAACCUAGUCAAAACAAAAUUACUAUCUAAUGAAAAACGAGGAAACGAAUUUAUGUAUUUUAGGUUUAAGGCGAUGAUGUGCGGAAUUUGCUGCAGUUGUGCCCUGCAAUUUCCUAGGAUGUGCAAAGAAAUGUUGUUUCUUUAUACAAUUAUAUUCUAUACAUAAAUAUAUUAUAUUCACAUGUUCUCUGGAAGGAUAAUCGCAAAGAUUUCUUUCGGUUUUGUUAAAAUAAAUUUAUUUUACAAGUCAAA